AAGCGAAGGAGGUCGGAGAGUCGAUAGCGAGAGGGAAGCCCUUUGCUACUUAUCCUGCAGGAAUAUCGGGGUCUGGACAUCGCCCGACGAUGGCGGGGGCUAUAAUAGAAAACCUGAGUGGCCGGAAAUUAGGCAUCUUGAUCGGUUUCCUGAUGAUAUGCCAAAUCGCCUGCUUCCUUGUGGGAGGAUUGAUUGCACCUGCACCAUCCUCUGUGAUGUCCAUGUUAGGCACAAAAUGCAUUGACAAGAACUACAAGAACAGUCAGUGGUACUGGAGCCGGGGGAAGCAACCGUGCAGGAGCAUCGGUGACUUCGACAGCCCCAUCGUUGAGGAGCAGAAGAUUAGUGCCAAUGACAUUGUCUUCAGCUUCCAGAUUCCUAUUCCUAAGGAUGGCUACCCCCUGGACUAUUCACGUUGGCAACAGAACCUAAUUGCAAUGCUGCAUCUGGAUAUACUCUAUGACGAUGAGGAUGAAGUGGCACCAGAUGCCGUGAUGACCCUAGAUGCUCGCUUGGGCUAUAGCAAUCGAGGUGAUCCAGAGGGGAAAUGGACAGAAUAUGCCUCGUCAGUUGAGCAACGGCAUUUAGACUGCUCUAUUGAACAGAAAAAGACAGGUUAUAUGUAUAAUUGCUCUCAUGUGCCACUCUUUGAACUAGGAUCUCUGCACCAUGACUUCUAUCUCUUGAAUGUCCGACUGCCAGUGAACAUGGCAGAUACAUCCGAAGAAACUGGUAUGAACACAAAACUCGGCCACAUCCAUGACAUGUGGGUUGCGUUCAUCCACCAAAAUGGAGGGUUCACCAAAGUGUGGGUGUCCCUCAAGACGAUCUUCUUCCCAAUUAUUGUGGCCAUCAUGGUCUGGUUCUGGCGUCGCAUCUCGCAGCUGUCCCGUCCCCCAGCACUCUUAGAGUACAUGCUGAUGGUGCUCGGUGCUGCUCUCACGCUACUGAAUUGCCCACUGGAAUACCUGACCUUAGCUUUUGAUUGCCCAUGGAUGACUGUGGUCAGUGACAUUAGGCAGGGACUUUUCUAUGCCUCGCUGCUCUCAUUCUGGCUUAUCUUUGCUGGUGAACAUCUGAUGAUUGCGGAUGACAUUGAGCGGAACCGCAUUCGUGUCUACUGGCGUCACCUGAGCGCUGUCCUUGGAGGGUGUCUUUGUCUCUUCAUCUUCGAUAUGUGCGAACGGGGAGUGCAGCUGCGCAACCCCUUCUAUUCCAUCUGGGCGACAGAAAUUGGAACUAACCUGGCUCUGGCCUUCAUUAUCUUGGCAGGCGUUUGUGCCGGUCUCUACUUCUGCUUCCUCUCAUACAUGAUAUGGAAGGUGUUCAUGAAUAUUAGCAGCAAACGUCAGUCACUACCAGCAAUGUCUUCAGCACGUCGGCUUCACUAUGAGGGCAUUAUAUAUCGUUUUAAGGUCCUGAUGCUUGCAACUCUCCUGUGUGCAGCAAUGACUGUGAUUGGUUUUAUCCUUGGACAGGUCUCAGAGGGACAGUGGACCUUGGACGAUAACAUCAAGCUGGAAUACACGAGCGGUUUCUUCACUGGGGUUUAUGGCAUGUGGAAUAUCUACACCUUUGCCCUCAUUUGCCUCUAUGCUCCUUCACAUAAGCGCUGGCCAAAGGAUCAGAACUGGCCCAUAUCAGACUCCUGUGGUCUAGCCUCAAUUCACGGAGCACUUUUGGCACGAGAUACGCAGAGCAGCACCGGGGAAGAGAUCGAAUUCAGUCGCCUGGCCACAGAACCAUCAGAAAUGUCAUCCCUUACUGCCUUCACCAAGAAGUCUGCGACUGACUAAAAUUUCUUGUAGGGAAAAAAAAAAAUGGUUGACAGUCACAGCAUUACAUGAAAAUACUCAGAAUCAUGGAAUCUCCUUGAUGAAUAUCAAUUGUGUGUGUAGAUGUACUAUUGUCUGCCUCUUCAAGCUUUUUGUGUGACAAAUAAGCACUUUUCUGUAAGAUUUUUAAAAGUACCUGAAUGCUAUGACACAGUUUUUCACAUCUUUAAUUAGCACAACACAGCCUAUGCUAUUCACAGUAUCAGCAGUUCACUUUUUUAAUUCUGUCUACUUUUCUUUCUCUCUAUUUUAAAUGUCAUUGGGUCAUUGUUUAAAAAUGUACAGAGAACUCAUUGUAAACUCACUUUUUCAAGGGUAUGGAUUGCUUCAGUGGUAUUAUAAAAGUGUACUGAUCAUUAGCUUCCUGAAUGCCUGCUUUUGGAAGAUUUGAAUGAGCUGAUACACAGGAUCAAGUAACAAAGAAUAUCGUCCAUAAAUUAAAUUUUUAUAAAAUAAGAGACUCCAUUUCAUAAAACACUUGGUUGCUUUUUCCUGUGUAUCUCCAGAAUUCGUACUCAGAUAAUGCCUAAGCUAAGGCUAGGGGCCUCUUUUAAGUAUUAAUGUCAGAUGGAUUCUCUCUAUUAAAAAAAUUAGUAUUAGUGUCUGUAUUUGGUGUUUUAGACAUGUAAAAGAUGCUAAUGCUGUAGUACUAGUAUUUGAUAUGUACUUUGUGAUGUGUAGUGACCAUAUAUACACUUUCCUUAUCUCAAUAUAUGUUGUGUUGUCCAUGAUAAUCCAUUUUUUGAAACUAAUGUAUCAUUUGAAGUGAUUGAUAUCAUCUCUUUUGAAGAAAGGAAGAUUGCGACAUGAAGUAAAUAACAUAAGGGGGAAAAGCCUCUUUUCAGGAUGUUGAUUUUUAAUGCACCAACUAAUUGAAACUGCUGAUACAUUACAAGGGAGUGCCACAGUAAGGAAGUUCUAUAAAAUGGCUACCAUGUGUUUUCAUCCUGAGUAUGAAUUGUAGAGCCUCCAUUAAUUCUAAAAACUGAAGAUGAUAUCAGGUGACUUCUGUUGUGUGUCAAAUGAUUUCAGACCAAAUGUUUGAAUGGCAGCUUACAACACUGAACAGCGUAAUUAUGUCUUGUAUUUAUUUUUCUUCAAUAAUGUAUAUAUUUCAUGUUCUAAAUGUCUUAAGUAGAAUGUCUUUAAGAGAAGAGUUCCUUUAUAGAAGUAGAUAAAAUUUGGAAACACAUGUAUUCAAAAAGUUAUUAUUAUUAUUAGCACAUUGGUAAACAUGUAAAUUUUGUAAUGAAAAUGGAAAUAAUACUAACAAGUAUAUUAAAGGAUUGUAAAAAAAAAAUAGCAAGAAAAAUGAAUCCGUGUAUCUGAAAGGCUUGGAUUAAUGGUCUUUAUGCACAAGCUGUGAGACCUGGAUUUCAAGAUGGUAAGCUAUAUUACUCACUCUCGGUUUAUUUUCAGUUCAAGUUAAAGUGCCAACAAAAAAAGUAUGGGAAUCCAUAAUGUUCUGUAUCCUGUAAUUUGCCCAGUCUUUGCAUUGCAUUACACUGAAAAUUCAUUUUCAAAAGGAGAUUGGGAAUAAGGCCGCUGACAAAUAAAAAACUACAUGUGCCAUUCAUAUUUAAGGCUGUAAAUAAAUUGAGAAGUAUCCUCAAAGGAAGAAAUCAUAUUUAGAUACUAAAUCAGACCUCUUUAUUCCAGAGUUAGCACAACUGUUCAGACAGCACUCUUUUUCAGGAAAAACUCUUAUAGAGAGCAGCUAGCAACUUUAAAAA